UGUCCUUUUUAGACUCACGUCAGCUCUGAGACAGCUCCUCACACACACCGACUGUCUGCUGCUCGUCUGACCUGCACAUCAGCUCGAAGAGAGGCUCAGGGGGUUUUCAGCUCGCAUCGCAACUAAUAAAACAAAAUGCCUGGACCAGCAGCAAGCGCAACCAAUGUUGGGGCGUCUAGCCGUUCCCCAAGUAAGACAGUGGCUCCCCGCGCAGCAGGAUCCACAGUCAGACAGAGAAAAGCUACUAGCAGCGGUACACGCGGCGGCGGCAGGACCACAGGAUCUGCAGGCACCGGUGGCAUGUGGCGCUUCUACACAGAAGACUCGCCAGGCCUCAAAGUUGGCCCGGUGCCAGUGCUGGUGAUGAGCCUGCUCUUCAUCGCUUCAGUCUUCAUGCUGCACAUCUGGGGAAAGUACACCCGCUCUUAAACCCCACCUGAUGACCUCUGAUCCUGCGCCUCGGCUUCUUAACACAUCGGACCUGGACCAAACAACAAAUGAACAACAACCCUAUUCCCUCUAGCCCCCUUCUCUGCUGUCACUACAACAAACAGACACACAAA